GCGACCCAAGGCGGCGGAGGAGCGUCACCUCGCGGCUCCGGCGUCGCCUCACUCCAUGGAUUUCUUUGGGCAACCCAGACCAGAAGAUAAUCAGUCAGUAGUGAACAGAAUGCAAAAGAAAUACUGGGAAACUAAACAGGUCUUUAUCAAAGCAACAGGAAAAAAGGAGGAUGAGCACGUGGUGGUCCUGGCAUCUGAUGCUGAACUGGAUGCUAAACUUGAGGUUUUUCACUCCAUUCAAGAGACAUGCACUGAACUUCUGAAGAUAGCCGAGAAAUACCAGCUAAGACUCAAUGUUAUAUCAAAGGAAGAAAAUGAGCUCGGGCUCUUUUUAAAGUUUCAAGCGGAACGGGAACUAGGUAAUUUUGGUUUCACCAUGAUCAGUAAAAGAUAAUCAGUCCAUCAUCUUUUACUAUUUGUACAGCU